AUGUCUGGCCGCGGUAAGCAAGGAGGCAAGGCCCGCGCCAAGGCCAAGUCGCGGUCGUCCCGCGCCGGGCUGCAGUUCCCGGUGGGGCGCGUACACCGGCUGCUGCGCAAGGGCAACUACGCGGAGCGGGUGGGUGCGGGCGCGCCCGUGUACAUGGCUGCCGUGCUGGAGUACCUGACGGCCGAGAUCCUGGAGCUGGCGGGCAACGCGGCCCGCGACAACAAGAAGACGCGCAUCAUCCCGCGCCACUUGCAGCUGGCCGUGAGGAACGACGAGGAGCUCAACAAGCUGCUAGGAGGGGUCACCAUCGCCCAGGGCGGCGUCCUGCCCAACAUCCAGGCUGUUUUAUUACCAAAGAAAACGGCGGCUAAAUCCGCCCCGGCUCCCAGGAAAGGUUCCAAGAAGGCUGUCACCAAGGCGCAAAAGAAAGACGGCAAGAAGCGCAAGGGCAGUCGCAAGGAGAGCUACUCCAUCUAAGUGUACAAAGUGUUGAAGCAGGUGCACCCCGACACCGGCAUUUCGUCCAAGGCCAUGGGCAUCAUGAACUCUUUUGUCAGUGACAUCUUCGAACGCAUCGCAGGCGAAGCUUCGCGCCUGGCGCAUUACAACAAGCGUUCGACCAUCACGUCCCGGGAGAUCCAGACGGCCGUGCGCCUGCUGCUGCCGGGCGAGCUGGCUAAACAGGCCGUGUCGGAGGGCACCAAGGCUGUCACCAAGUACACCAGCGCCAAGUAGAGGAUGAGGCACUCGCUGCCCCCUUUGCUCUUGCAGAACCACCCGCUUAAAUCAGGAAAGAGCUUUGUCAACUCGCAUUAGUUUCUAGUUCCUAUUCCAAAGUUAAACUUUAAGGGUCGUGGAGAAGGUACACUUCACAGUUUUAAGCAUUUGUAGUUUUGAGGUUCUCUGAGCUGGUUUGUAGUUGGCUGUUGAGCUCCUCGCACCCAUUUAGCUCCUAGGAGUUACUUUUAAACUAGGGUAAUGGAGGUUGGCCUCUCGGCUAGGUUUCUUCCGUGUUCUAGACUGUUCGAGCACUUUAUCGACUUAAAGUGAGAGGACUGACUUGCUUACUUUGGCGGUUGGAGGGCUCCAGGACACACCUAAACCUGUGGCGACGAUGCUGAGUACCAGUCAACAACCGAAGUCACUCGGUUCAGUUAUGUGCCCUGGGUACAGGCGGUUUCUGGUAGUUGAGGGCGGUGUCCUCGCCUGGAACUGAUUAAUUUACCAACACGAACGUGCGGCGUUGCUGCGAAUUUGGUAGAAGACGGUUGGGGUUCUCACUCAAGCUUUAGAUCCCUCCCUGAUCGUGGUUUGUGAUUACCCCCUCCCUCACCCCUAAUUUACGGUGUCCUCGCCCUUUAACUGAUUGGUUUACCAAUGCGAACGUUCAGCGUUGCUGCGGCUUUGGUAGAAGUCUGUUGGGGUUCUCCCUCAAGCUUUAGAUUCCUGUCCAUGGCUUAUGAUUUUCUUUUUUCUUUUUUGUUCUCCCCCGUUUAAUACUUUGCUGUGCUUUAGUACCGCCGCGGUGCCGGGUUGCCGCAAAGAUUGCUCAUUUCCGCUCUGGACCCAUGAAGUGAUCUAAUUCACCAACCCAAGGAAUUAAGUUCUUCCUGGUGGUCGCGUCUACAGUGUCUGAAGUUUGCUUUCCUGUUUACACCGUGGUCAAGCCGGCCAGAUGUUCUGAUAAGUCCAGAUCCCGCAAAUGCCUGACAUACUCCAAAUGCUCAAGUAUUUAUUACUGAAUUAAUUAUCGUAUCAUUGCUUUUGUAAUUGUU